AAUAAACGCAUUAAGUUUGAGCAAAUAAAUCCCGAAGACGCAAAAUGUUUGUUCAUGUGUGCCAUUUGAGAUUCUGCGAAGACACUGUUCUGAAACACAAAUUGAACGCUAUUUCGAUCGUUGUUUCGCAAAUACAUAUCAAGCCGUAUGGUUUGAAAUGCAUCCUAGUCCGUCUUACUAUUUCGCCACACCGUCUAGUAUGUUGUGGAAAACGCUAACUGGAAACAGUGAGGAAUAUGGAUUUCCAAAAAAUAAACUUCUAUGAUUGAGUGAGCAAAGUUUUCUUAUUAGAUGUAACAGUUGAGAAGAAAUUUGAUUUAUUUUCGAAUUUUACACCAUUUUGAUGCCAUUUGCAAGUGAUGCCGUGGCCAUUUUCGUGCAUGCCUGAGUUUCGUAAUCAAUCUACAACUCCAUAUUCGAAUUCAACAAGUAAUUGCAUUCAAUAGCCUGAACCUUCCCCUCCACGAGUCCUUGCUUACUAAGAACACGGAACAGGAUUUAAAUAUAAACACACUGCAAGGAUUUUUCAUCUUAUUUGAUUGGUUAAUACGUGCAUAUUACCGAAGCAACUGGCGCAAAACAUUUUCAACAUAUUAGUGAAGCAGUGAUCACGAUAUAAAUACACUCGCGUGUAUGCAUACAUGCGUCGAUUCAUGACUCUAUUGAUAUAAACAAGGAGAUAUGGUUUUGUUGAGGCUAUGUUUUUAGUAGACGUCCCGGCUCAAAUUAUAAAGAGUCUCGGCGCAUUAUUUUUCCUAUUAAUAUGUUGCAAAAAGUGAAGAGUUGUUCCGUACAACAUAGGUAUAACGUAGGCGCUGGAACUAUCUGACGCCAUUUUUCAAUGCAUUUAAGUUUCACCGACGCAGUUAUCACACAGAUUGGAACAGUGACCGAAAUUACGGUGGUAAAAUGGCUCCAGACAAACCGGAUGCUGGCGAUGUCGAAAGCACAGUUGGCCUGCCGAUUACUCGUGUAUUCAGUUGCGGAGAUGCAGCUUACGUUUUGAAAGAGGGCGACAAUGCUAGCGUAUUUACAAAUUCAAAUUUGGUUGAUGAGAUCCAUGAUGAGGUCGGCAUAAUUGACAAAUCUGUAGAAAAAACCAAUCAUUCGGACGAUGAUUUGACCUCUCUCAGCUGGCUGCAUCAGCAGAAUUUAUUGAAAGGCUUAGAAAUUUCUAGACCUACAAAAGACUUGCAAACGACAAUAAAUUUGAACAAUAAUGUUUGCGAUGACACUGCUGACUUAUCAGAAAAUACAAAUUCCAUUUCAAGUUUAGAUGAUGGCUACUCUCCAGCUAUCGAGUGUAACACGAAAAUACAAAAUACAAAUUUAACGCUGAUUCAGGGGCAAAAUUGCCAAAAUACAAGCAAAAGUUACCAGAAAUCAGUGCAGAUUUAUCAGGAGUCGGUAAAAAACCACUACAAUUCGGUACAAAAUAAUCAGGCAAAGAUAUCUUUGAGUAACAACAAUUUGCCAGUGUCGAAUCGUAACAAACAUCCAACUCACAUACCUUACGAUCCUCAUUUGCACAGGAACAGUAAACCGCCAUAUUCUUUUUCCUGUUUAAUAUUCAUGGCGAUAGAAGACAGUCCUGUAAAAGCACUACCUGUUAAAGAAGUUUAUGCAUGGAUCUUGGAUCACUUUCCAUACUUCAGAAACGCACCUACAGGCUGGAAGAACUCUGUUAGGCACAAUUUGAGCCUGAACAAAUGUUUUCGCAAGGUGGAGAAAGCGCCGAAUUUGGGAAAAGGAUCGUUGUGGAUGGUCGAUGCACAGUAUCGUCCAAAUCUGAUACAAGCAUUAUCCAGAGCACCUUUUCCUCCAUUAACUGCUCAGAACCUCUCCUCACCUGAAAAAAUUCCUAGAAAAAAUGCUAGUGCACGUCUACCGGAUCCAAUAUUAUUCCCAUACUUGUCAAAACGUCUUGCUUCUAGUAAUAUAGGGGAUAGUCCGGAGGCUGAGAUCGACAGCGAUGUAGAUGCUGCAGCAGCUGCCAUGUUAUCCUUCAAACAUGGACCGAUCAUCUUAAGUCAUAACAAAGACCGUAAAAGAAAAUUGGUAGAGACAGAUAAGCUUGUACCAAUAAUUACUAGGAGCUCGAGCGAAGACCACACUUAUAGUUGUAUCACAUCAAUCAAAUUGGAAAGUAAAAGGUGCGGGGGUUCAGAUGUAGCUGGCACGGAUUUUGACGAGCAACGAAAAAUAGCAGAGGGUGCUGAUGCGCUUCUAAACUUGGCAGGAGUUAGUACACCCCUUAUUCAAGGAAGGUUGCAGAUGCACAGUGAUCCAACUGGGUCACAGAAAAUGCAUGAAACUUCGAAAGUGAAAAGGCACUCGAAUCCAAGUGAGUUUUCCAACAAUUCUGAAAAGAAGCGUAGGCGCUGGCGAGAAUGGGGCGACGGUACCCGAUACCUCAAGCAAGUUAGGGGUUAGUACUAAAUACUGCUAAGAGUAUUGCAAAACAUUGCGCAUCGGUGACUAAGCAUUGUCAAUGCUUCGAGGCUGACUGCCUAGUGACAAUGAAUGAUAUGUCACUUAUUCUGUAUCUGUGGGUGAUCACAAUAACUAUCAGUUUCUUAGGGUUUAAACGAAAUUCAGCUCUGCUUUUGUCUCCCAUUCUUUUCAAAAGUUUUCUGCACUAUUCAUUUCGUAUUUAUUAUAGAAUUGUUAAUGAUGCAAUGGAUGAGUGAUUGUUCAGCGUGUUGCUAUGGUGUCUAGCAUGUUUUUCAAAUUGACAUAUUAUUCCUAUCCACCACGUUUUUUUACAUGCAAACAAGACCAUCCACUCAGAGCGUUCAAUGCAUAAAUUUUGAAAGCCCGUCAUUACUCACGGGUCAAAUAAAUGGACAGGUUUUUAAGUGUUCGAGUCAGGGUGAUGCCAAACAAUUACACUUGCUGUUCCUAAUUCAAAGUUAUCACAAGCGAGUCUUUCUCGAUCAGCUGUACUGGC